AUGAGCGGCAGAGCGACGGCGGAGAGCCUGCGCGACUCUUUUGGCGCUCACGUGCACCCGGCGUGCAUGUUUCGGCCUCCGACCUACUACGCGCCGUGGGAAGGCCGCGAUGAGACGCUGUUGCUCCUCGGCUGCGUGUCGGAGGUUUUUGGUUCGUCCUUCCAGUACGGCAGGCAGUGGCUGAGUGAGGAUGGGAAGGAGUGGGCGCUCGAGUUCACCGCCGAGAUUGAGGACUCGGGGCGGACACUCCAAGGAAUGGACCUGGUCAGCCUGUGCGACGAGGGGCUCAUCCGCGACUUCACUGUGCUUGCCCGCCCUCCGAACGCCGUCGCGGAGCUCAAGGCCGCGAUGAUGCGGCGCGUGCCAGUGCGUCUCGCGGCGCUCAAGGCAAAGCGCGCCCUGGGCCUCGUGUGA